CUCAGUCAUAAGUUUGUCGUGAAGUUCAACAGCGUCAUUUGGGGCGUCUCUCCACCAGGGGGCGCAUCCUGGGAGAGCCUCCCUUCCAAGCCCAUCCAAGCAACUUCUCCCGCACCAUGAGCUGAUUUGGUCCGGGACAGACGAGGGAAGAUGGCGGCCACUGACCAGUCCCGGUCCGAAGCUGCCAAACAGCGACGGCAAGAUCAGCUGCAGCGAUGGCUGGGCUCGGAGACGGACCAGACGGAGUCGGAAGCUCGGGAUACCGCGAGCAGCUCGGGGACACGUCGGGCGCGGGUCCGCUUCGCCCAGGGAGCCGUGUUUAUGGCCGCCUGCUCCGCCGGGGACCGGGAGGAGGUGGCGGCGCUCCUCCGCCAGGGAGCUGACAUCAACCACGCCAACGUAGACGGGCUGACAGCGCUCCACCAGGCCUGUAUCGACGAGAACGCAGAGAUGGUUCAGUUUCUAGUGGAGAGCGGAAGCAACGUCAACACGGGCGACAACGAGGGCUGGACCCCCCUGCACGCCGCGGCAUCUUGUGGCUUCAUCCAGAUCGCCAAGUACUUGAUAGAAUGCGGUGCCCACGUCGGAGCGGUGAACAGCGAAGGGGAACUUCCUCUCGACGUGGCCACGGAGGAUCCCAUGGAGAGACUGCUGAAAGCAGAAAUCAAAAAGCAAGGAAUUGAUGUGGACCAGGCCCGAAAAGAAGAAGAGCGUAUCAUGCUUCAGGAUGCCAAGGCCAUGCGAGACGGCGGCGACACUCUGACCCCUCACCCAAACACCAAGGCAACAGCUCUGCAUGUUGCAGCGGCCAAAGGCUACAUCCAAGUUUUAAAGGUGCUGUUACAAUGUGGGGUGGAUACGGACUGCCGGGAUGUGGAUGGCUGGACGCCGCUCCAUGCAGCAGCUCACUGGGGUCAGGAGGAGGUGUGCACGCUGCUUGCCGACCACAUGUGCGACAUGAGUGCCGUCAACAACGUGGGCCAAACACCUUUAGAUGUUGCUGAUGAGAACCUCGUGGACACACUGGAGGAGCUGCAGAAGAAACAGAAUGCUCUACGCAGCGAGAAAGAGAAGCAGACUCCUGUCAUCGAGACCAGCCUGCAAAUCUCCACUGUACCCGUACGCACACGCAGGACUUCAAUCUCGCGCAUGAGCAGCAAGGAAAAAAUCGGCCUCCAUGAGCGCGAGAAGCACCCGCCGCCUGCCUUGCGGAGCAGCCCCGCCGAGGACGAGGAAGAAGAAGGCCAGACCUCACGCGGCCAGUCGCAAAGUCAACCCAAAGCCUCCAGCAGCUCCAGCUCGGAGGAGGAGAGCGAAUCGGAGAGCGACGCGGAGUCUGAGAAAGCAAAAAACCGAGAGAUUAUAAACAACUUGAACAACAAACGCAACACCGGCGGCCUCCUUCCUACCUCCAUGCCUGCAGGCACCGCUGCAAACCAAGUCAAAAAGGAACCGGGCAAACCCGUAGCCACUGAGGCCCCAGGUUCGUGGAGAACAUCACUGAGGAAGGCAGGCAGCUCGGUGACUCUGGGCUCAGCUGGAUUGUCGGACUCCAUCCCGGACCAAAACAAGCCUCCAGAGUCAGGCCUGGGGAUGACCCGCUCGGCCUCCAGUCCUCGUCUGAGCUCCGAGACUGACCCCAAGGAACCAAGACUUGCCCGGGUUCCUCCUAUUCCCACAAGGAGGCUCUUUAGUAUUCCAGAUAGUAGUUCGGACAACUCCAACAGUUGGCUGAGUCGUAGCUCGUCCUACACCCGUCGCCUUCACAGCCAAUCAGGGAAUGAUCUCACUAGCUUCAACCCCUGUUUGCCUCGCAGCUCUUCUUAUGGAAGGAGACUUGAUGAAGCCAGUGUGAACUCAGGUAGUACAGGAACAAGCACAUCUGGACUCAGUCGCCUUAACAGUGCUUUGGCACAGAGACUUCCUCAAGAACAGACGAAGAAGGAUCUGUCGACGUUGGACACCAGUUCCAACUCUCAGAACACAACCGGCCCUGAAUCAGAGACCAAGCAGCGGCGCAAGUCCUACCUGACACCAGUUCGGGAUGAAGAGGCAGAGGCACAGAGAAAAGCUCGCUCGCGGCACGCUCGCCAGUCUCGUCGCUCUACUCAGGGGGUGACGCUGACAGAUCUGCAGGAAGCUGAGAAGACAAUGAAGACCAUGAAGCAAGACAACAAAACAAGAGAAAAGGAGGAGGAUGAGAAGGAAAAAGAGAAAGAAGCAAAGUCUAAGAAGGGAGAGGAAGGGGAGGUGAGCUGGAGGUCUCGAAUAGCAAGCCUGCAGAAGUCCGACCUGCUGGGACUCACGCAGCCCGCCGGCACCCCGCGGCCUCAGACCACCGAUGGGAGAACGACUGAGGCCACCGCCGGGGAAAGCGAGACAGAGCGAUGGGCCCAGGAGCGCAGGGAGAGGAGACAAGCCCGAGCCAGGAGGAAGGCCCAGAGGAGCGGGGAGCUUGAUGACAAUGAUCCCAGCGGGGAGGAAGAAUUCUCAAGCAGCCGGCUGAAUCUGCAGUCAGACCAGCUCUUGGGUUCCAGGUCCAGUGCGCAUUGCAAUGAGGGCGGCGAGAGCAAGGAUUUCAAAAAGCUUUUUGAGGAGGUGACCAGAGAAAACAGCCAGCUGCAGUCUCAGCUGCAGGACACACAGAGGAUUGUCAGUCAGACCAGGCUGGAUCUCGAAAAGGCCACGCAGAGACAAGAGCGCUUGACUGACUGUUCAGCCCUGCUGGACCUCGAGAGAAAGGACCGCAGGAUGCUGGAGCGGCGAAUGGCAGAGCUGGAGGAGGAGCAUAAGGUUCUAGUUGACCUGAGAGCAGACAACCAGCGACUUAAAGAUGAGAACGGAGCCUUAAUCCGCGUCAUCAGCAAACUUUCCAAAUAGUCUGAGACGGGACGAGCCACAGAAAGCGGGGACUCUUCUUCUCCUCUGCCUCCUUCCUUCCUUCAAUUCCUCCACACACAUUCCUCCCAAAGCCAAAGAGCAAGAGAAGGGGGGGCAGCCAAAUGUUGACUUGGCUUGUGAUGCCUUUCAAACAGCUGUAGUGGCUUUUCUGUGCCUUGUUGUCUGUCACAGGAAGAAGCAUUUUGGCGUUUGACCGGUCAGGCCAAAAUCUUCAUGUUAAAGCCCACGUGCACGCGCUUAAGUGCGCGCUCUUAUACGUCUUGGAUGGUGCAUGAGGCCAAUUGGUCUUGAAUCUCCCACUUGGUAUUUAAUUUUUUUGUGAACACAUUUGCGUCACACAUUCACAAGUUUUAUCUUGCUGGCCGUCCUGAUCUUGUGUUAACAAGCAGGAAAGGUUUGAUUUGUUUGUUUUUUUAUCAAGAUUCAGCCAAAAGCGGUCGUCUCACUACAUGCAAGUAUUUGAACCCACCUACCUCUCCACCUGUGCACCCUCCCUUGCCCCAAAUUAUUUUUACAUUUUUUUGACCACACAUACACACUCCAUGCUCGGAAAUGAAAAGACCACCAAACCAGGUCAUGGCACUUUACCCUCUGUAAAGCAAUGAUAAAACAACAAAAUUGCUGUUCAGUUGAAGCCUGUUAAGCUAUGAAUGUUUUUUUUUUAUCAUUGAUAAAAAUAUAAAUGUCAUAGUUUUUCAUUGUAAAUUUCUCUUUUCAAGGGGAACAGUUUUGUAUAUUACAUGUGUAUAAAUAUUAGUCGACUAAUACCCUUUUUGAAGUCAACUGCCAUGUAGCCUUCUUUCACAUGUUGGUUUUCUAAUAUAUUAAAAUGGAUGUCUGCACCCCAAAAGAAA